UGUGUAUAAAGUAGUCGGUAUUUGUUUAACCAUGUAGCAUUUUAUUUUUCCGGAGAAGAGAAUUGCAAAUUUGUUUAUGAAUACGCCGGAAAACUAAAAUGUUUUAUCAUAUAUCGCUGGAACAUGAAAUUCUUUUGCAUCCACGUUAUUUUGGCCCACAACUGCUGGAGACGGUAAAACAGAAACUGUACACCGAAGUGGAAGGUACUUGCACAGGGAAAUAUGGUUUUGUUAUAGCAGUGACCACAAUCGAUCAGAUCGGCUCAGGAGUUAUAUUGCCGGGUCAGGGCUUUGUUGUCUAUCCUGUUAAAUAUAAAGCUAUCGUCUUCCGGCCAUUCAAAGGCGAAGUGCUUGAUGCCGUUGUGAAACAAAUUAAUAAGGUUGGCAUGUUUGCAGAAAUUGGCCCAUUGUCUUGUUUUAUAUCACAUCAUUCUAUUCCCGCCGAUAUGCAAUUCUGUCCCAAUGGCAAUCCACCUUGUUACAAGUCAAAGGAUGAAGAUGUAGUCAUAUCGGGAGAAGAUAAAAUUCGCCUGAAAAUCGUCGGUACUCGUGUGGAUGCAACAGGCAUUUUUGCCAUUGGUACUUUAAUGGAUGAUUAUUUGGGCCUGGUUGGCAGUUAAUUUUUUUGGGGGGAAUUAUGGCUACGGUUACAAUUACGUUUAAAAUGACCACAAAAUACAUAUACUUUAGAGAAUGUAUAAUAGUUUAAAAAAACAUAUUUUUUAUUAUAGAGAAACAAA